AUGUCUCCAAUUGCAGAAAAGGACCUGGUUGUCCCUGGCAAGCUCGAUGCAUCCGCCCAGACCCCGAUCCUCAGUAAAAACGGAUUGGGAUUCUCCAAAGACAAGGCAGAGUCUAGGAUAGCAUCACAUGCAUCAGCGGAGCACGACUUGGUCCUGAAAACGUUUCGUCUACUGAUUGCCGACCUAUGUCAGCAAUUCAAGGGAGGUCAUCCAGGAGGUGCCAUUGAUAUGGCAGCCAUCGGGGUGGCUUUGUGGAAAUAUGUCAUGAAUUACGCGCCACAUCAGGCCGACUUUUUCAACCGGGACCGGUUUGUCCUGUCCAACGGCCAUACCUGUCUAUUUCAGUACACCUUCCUCCAUCUGACAGGUUAUGAAGCCAUGACACUGGAUCAACUGAAGUCUUACCAUUCGAGCCGCGAAGACGCUCUUUGCCCGGGACAUCCCGAGAUCGAACAUGAAGGGAUCGAAGUCACGACUGGACCGUUGGGUCAAGGGAUCGCAAACGCGGUGGGCUUGGCCAUGGCAACCAAGCAUCUCGCCGCCGAGUUCAACCGGCCUGGUCACGAGGUGGUGACGAACCAUACCUGGUGCAUGAUUGGCGACGCCUGUCUCCAGGAGGGUGUCGGACUCGAAGCGAUUUCACUGGCAGGCCACUUCCGACUCAAUAACCUGACCGUCAUCUACGACAACAACCAAAUCACGUGCGACGGAUCCGUGGAUUUGACCAACACGGAGGACGUGAACGCCAAGAUGCGUGCCACUGGCUGGGACGUGAUCGAGGUGGCGGAUGGAUGUUUUGAUGUGGAAGGAAUCAUUGCCGCGCUGGAAAGAGCCCGACGUUCGACAGAGAAACCGACUUUCAUCAACGUCAGGACCGUGAUUGGCGUUGACAGCGCGGUGGCCGGCACUGCGGUGGCUCAUGGCGCUGCGUUCGGCGACCAGGCGGUGGCAGACAUGAAGCGGGCCUACGGGUUCAAUCCUGAGGAGUUCUUCGUGGUCCCAGAUGCGGUGCGCGAGUUCUUCGCCGACAUCAAACCUCGCGGCCAGCGGCUGGUGAAAGAAUGGAACGACAAGCUCCAGGUCUACCGCACGGCAUAUCCCGAGCUGGCUGCUGAGUUCGAGGCCCGGCGUCACGGACAGCUGCCGUCGAACUGGGAGUCCCUGAUUCCGCGCGAGUUCCCAGCCAAAGACACAGCCACCCGUGCAUCCUCCGGGCUGGUGUUCAACCCCAUUGCGGAAAAAGUCAAGACAUUCAUGGUCGGCACCGCCGAUCUGUCGCCAUCGGUCAACAUGAUGUGGAAAGGCAAGGAAGAUUUCCAACACCCCAGCCUCCAACCCCAGUGCGGCAUCAACGGGAGCUACCGAGGACGAUACAUUCACUACGGCGUCCGCGAGCAUGCCAUGGCAGCGCUGGCAAACGGUAUGGCGGCGUAUGCCCCGAACACAAUCAUUCCCGUGACCUCAUCAUUCUUCAUGUUCUAUCUGUACGCCGCCCCCGCGGUCCGGAUGGGCGCCCUGCAACACCUCCACAUCAUUCAUCACGCGACGCACGAUUCGAUCGGCAUGGGGGAAGAUGGACCCACUCACCAGCCGAUCGAGCUGGCCGCUCUGUACCGGGCGAUGCCCAACCUGCUGUACAUCCGACCCGGUGACAGCGAGGAAACGGCGGGGGCCUGGACCGCCGCGAUCGAAGCCACACACACGCCUUCCAUCAUCUCGACCUCGCGGCACGCGGUGCGACAACUGGCUCCCAAGACGAGGCGGGACGGCGUGCGACGCGGCGCCUACGUGAUCGAGGAAGACGCAGACGCACACUUGACCAUCAUCGGGGUGGGCGCCGAGCUCGGCCUGGCCGUCGACGUGGCCGCUCGGCUGCGUGAGACGGCCGCCUUGCGUGUGCGCGUGGUUUCGUUCCCCAGCCCACGGCUGUUUGAGAAGCAGUCCCUCGAAUACAAGCGACAGACCCUCCAGCGGGGGUCCGGGCGGCCUGUGGUUGUCAUCGAGCCCUACGCCGGCCUGGGCUGGGAACGCUAUGCCGACGCGGCCGUGUGCAUGAGCACCGACCGUUUCGGCCAGUCGCUCCCCGGGCCCAAGGCGUACGAGUACUUUGGCUUCACGGUGGACAAGAUCGUGCCCCGGAUUCAAGCGUACCUGGCGAAGAGGAAGGCGGGGGAGAUCUUGGCCGGCGAGUUUGUCGAGAUGACUCGGUAG